AACUUUGAGUUCAGGACCUACAUUACAGGUACAUUUUUCUGUCCCGUAAUGAAUUGACCGGGCAAACAUCACCUCCCUCGUUCUGUCACUAUGCCCCCAAACCAAAGACACACACGCGCACAGAGGCACAUCCCCCAACUGCACACACACACUCACACACACACACACACACACACUCUCUUUACCCACACUGAUAGAUCCUCAUUGAUGAUUACACAUACUCUCGGUGGACAUCCCAACCCACCCACACACACGCACACAGUAUUGACUUUCUCUUGACAACAAACAGCCAGUAAGAUUAGUGACCGGAGUUUGGUCCCAGGAGCUACAAGCACAUGGAUCCAUCACGGCCGAACCUGAAAGUGAGGAGGAGUGAGAGGACAGGAUGACAUAGAGAGACGAUGAGAGGCGCGAGGGAGGAGGAGACCAAAGGAGUCCCCUUGUGACCAUCUCUCAGUCCGUCAGUGAUUGGAGUGUCAAAUGUGAUUGGUUAAAUCCCCUUUGAUGGGUCAGAGGGUGGCAGGCAACAGGCUGUCAGAGUUGCCCUUUGCUACUUGGUAAGAAAACAACAACAUAUGCGCGUGGAUCUGUUGGUGUGUCAACAUAGGCUGUUUACUGAACAAUGCAGCAGGAUCCUAUAUCUCUGUGAUCAAGGAGCACCCUCCGCCUGCCCCUUCAUUCCAGCCUGUGUAUAUAUCCUCCUGUACAAGUGUGUACCCCACUCCCUGGCCCAAGCACCCCUCGCUGCCCCCCAUAGACCACCAUGCUGGGGACUGUCCUCCUAGCCCUGCUGGUCCUCAUCCUACUGCAGACUACCCAGAUAUGCGUCUGCCUACGGGAGCUCCGAGCUGCCAGCUCGCCCCCAGCUCAAAACGCCACCCAGCAGCGCCUACCUGGGGCCAUCAUCAUUGGCGUUCGUAAAGGCGGAACCAGGGCCCUCCUGGAGAUGCUCAACCUCCAUCCGGACGUAGAGGUGGCCAAAGCUGAGGUUCACUACUUUAACAUAGAAGAACACUACCAGCAGGGGCUGGCCUGGUACCGUGCCCAGAUGCCCUUCACCCUGCCUGGGCAGCUGACUGUGGAAAAGACCCCUGGCUACUUUGCCAGUCCCCAGGUCCCUGAAAGGGUCUGGGAAAUAAACCCUGCUGUUCGUCUCUUGCUGAUCGUCCGGGACCCCGCUGAACGCCUUGUUUCCGACUACACCCAGGUCCUCCAUAACAGGAUGACCCGCCACAAGCCGUACCAACCUUUAGAGGAGCUGUUGAUCAGCCAGGGCCACAUCAAUCCAUCUUAUAAGGCCCUGCAGAGGAGCCUGUAUCAUCAGCACCUGGCCCACUGGCUGGAUGUCUUCCCCAGGGAGCAGAUUCACGUGGUGGAUGGAGAGUCCCUCAUCCGGGAUCCCUUCCCUGAGCUACGGAGAGCUGAGAGCUUCUUGGACCUACCACCGCGCAUAGCUCCAUCUAACUUCUACUUCAACACCACCAAGGGCUUCUACUGCCUCCUCUCUGCCAGCGGCCACGACAAGUGCCUGGACGAGUCCAAGGGGAGGCCCCAUGCUCCUCUCCGCUCCCAAGCCUUCAGGAAGCUUUGCCGAUAUUUCCGAGAACCCAACCGCUUGUUCUUUGAGAUGGUGGGACGCUCAUUCUCUUGGUGCUGACCGGCAGUCAAGAAAUAUUAUAGGCUUCUAUUGCUCUGACACCAUUUUUAACGGAGAAGAGCAAGGGGACAGACAGGGCCGACCGGACAUAAUGGUCCAUGACCACAAACAUUUAGGAUGUCUAUGAAAUGGUAGCACUGUGGCGAUACUUUAGAGCAGAGCGGGUACCGUUUUGGAUGUAAUCUCAGACUUUUUAGGACUCUGGAGAGGCCAUCAGCGGCAAAAAAACACUGGCCUGUGAUUGAUUGAUUGGUCGAUUGGAAUGAUUGCUGUGUUUGUCUCUCGAGUGGCUUGGUGUUGAGUGGGUGGUUAGAGAAAUUGAUGAUGUGUUGAUUGACAGGUUAGUGGGCGGAUUUAUUGACUGAGAGGUGAGAGGAGAAAAAUACCACUAACACACCAGGGAUAUUUAUGUUUUUGUUCUCAGAGACCCGAGCCAGGCAAGGGUCUUGGGACGAGCUAUCCGACAAGCAUAGACUUCAGAAAAUGACUAAGGGACACAGUGCACACAGAUGAUGGCUACGUUCAAUGUGGCCGACUGCACCACCCUUCAUGGAACACUGACCCUGAACUGGAAACUCCAUUGGAGUUUUUUGACGUUACUACAUGCUGGAGAACAUGAAGUGCCCACUCAGUAAUGCCGUAUGCCUUGUGGUCCUAACGUCGUGUGGUCACGGCUCUGGCUGGUGCCUGUCACCCUGAGCCUCGGUUGAUAGGGCUGAACACUGUCUUAUGCACAAAUUGGCAUGAAAUGGAGUAUAAUUAAGAACCACAAUAUGCCAUGCCAUUUGUACUGUGGACAAUCAAGAGAAAAACAACAGACUCUAAAAAUAUGCUGUCAUUUUGAUGGUCAUUAAAAUAUGUUUCAAAGUAGAUCCAGUGGGGGGGGUGGGUUGUACAUAAUAAACAUGUACAUAAAAAUAGAUAGAAGAAUGUUUUGAAAUUAGAUGGAGGGUAUUGUUGCACUGAAUUGAAUCCUUAUUUGCAUACAGAAGGUACAGAAGUAUUAAUGUACCAAUAAAAAUCGAUGUCAAACAGAACGUGACAUCAGACUGCUUUCAGCCCUCAGCUUGUUUACCACUGUUCCAUGUUGAGAGAGCAAACAGAAUGUCCUCUGUAAAAUAAUCAUGCUGACUUAUUGCAAUUAUUUUAUUCGGCUGAUAUUUCACAUUCACAUUUUCAACAAAAAAUUUUAUUUUUUUAAUUGUUGGAUUUACUCCUUGAAUUUUACAUUUCAAAGAGUUGAGUUAUAACGUGUUGUUUGUUUUCUAAAAUCCUCAAUAAAUGUGUACUGUGGUCAUUUAACCAACAGAAAAUAA